CACACACACACACACACACACACACACACACACACACACACACACGAGGGUUGGAAGUUUGACCAGCUGCUAUGUGUUCUGCCUGUGUGGAUGUUCUCGGAGAGACAUGGUGGUCAUCCUGAGUAAAAAUAUCAGCUGCUUGCUCUCGCUCUUCAAGAAGAAGGUUGGGCCGAAGGAGAGCGAACAGGGCAGACUGACGGUGCGUUAUACAGCAUCGCAGCACCACCAGGAGGACGAGCAGGCCAGACUGACGGGGCAUCACAGGGCAUCGCAGCACUUCCAGGAGAACGUCUUCAUCGAGGGCAGCAGGCCCAAACACCUGCAGGACCUGCACACGGAGGCGCAGGAGGGCCUGAAGAACCUGCUGCGGGAGGAACAUAAAAAUGGUGUGGACUACCGGACUGACCCGACUACUUCUCCAGUCAGCCCCUGGCCAAAGAGAGAUGGCAGCUCCACUCUCAGAGAGGAGCAAGAAGCGUCCGGGAACAUCGCUGCUGCCGACUCCUCAACAUCCUCAGCAUCUGUGGGGUCGUCCGUCUCCACAAGGCCAGUGCUCACACGCCAAGGCUCGACGUUCAAGCCCCUGAACCCUGCGAGGCGGCCCGACAAAAGCAAGAAGAGGAGCAGAAGAACCACCAUCAUGGGCAUACCGCAGCAGGUCCAGAGGGAGUUGGUCAUGCAGAGGGCAGCCUUGCCACCGCAGCAUCCAGCAGGGGACGGCUUGAGUUCCCUUGAUGUUGUGAUCAUCCCCACGAUCGACGGGGAGUCGCCAGCAGCCAACCGCGAGGGCGUGCGAGUGCACCUGCAGAGCAUCGAGGCCCUCCAGGCAGCCUCCCGAGAGGAGCAGCUCCUGCGGCAGCACCUCCAGGCCCUCUACAGGGACGACCUGUCCUUUGCCCACAGAGCCGCCGGCCCCCGAGCGGCACCCCUGCAGCGGCCCAAGUCCCUGGCAGUGCCCGGCCUCUCUUCCUCGAGCUUCCUGCAGGAGCUUCAAGGGCCCGUCAUGUCCAUCUCCCCCCAGGCCACCUACCUGUCCAAGAUCAUCCCCAACGCAAUCCUCCCCGCCGCUGUCGACGUCAUCCAGAUCGACCGCAGUCGCAGCCAGGGCAGCGUGCGCACCGCCGCCAGCAAGAGCAGCCUGGCCUCCUCCGGGGGGGGCAGCCCGGGGUCAUCUCGUUCGGGGGGGGGGGGAGACACCCAGGAGCCGCCGCCCUCCUCCUCCUCCAGCUCACACUGGAGCCAAUCGCAGUCCUCCGAGACCAUCGUGUCCAACUCCAACUCCACCGUCUCCUCCAGGGCAGGCAGCCGUGGCGGCACCUCCACAGCGGCGGACCGCACCACUACGGAGGGCACAGAUGUGAACUCGGCCCACGCCGCCAGCAGAGGCACCAGGGGCUACACGAGCUCCUUCUGCUCCGAGAGGAAAGGCGCCACCCAGAGGGCAGCAGAGUCGAGGGCGGCCACUGUGGCCCAGCUGCAUGAUGAUGAUGAUGAUGAUGAUGAUGAUGAUGAUGAUGAUGGUGAUGAUGAUGGUGACGGCAGGGAGAAUGUCAGGAACAGCCGGGGGGUGUUUUUUUCACGCAGUCUCUCUGUGAUGAAGACCAAACAGCCCCCCGCGCCCCCGAGGAGGACGUUCUCUCUGCACCACGAGGAGAAGAUCACGAGGAGGUCGAGGGAGCCGGUGGUGGACGUGAAGGACUCGGGCAAUAUGGAGGUGGGGGGUACGGGGCAGGGGAGUGCAGGAAGUGCAGCAGGAAGCCCCAGUCACUCCUCUCCCAGCGUCUCCAGCACGGUGACGGAAGACUCCCGCCGCCGAUCCUCCUCCGGCGUCUCCAGCCCUCCCCUGAGCCCUGAGGACCUGCUGCCCUGCAUGGUGCGCCGGUCCGAGUCGAGCAGCAGCUCGUCCCCACAGAACGCUUCUUCCACUGCAGGGAGCAGCCAGUGUGACAGCAGGACUUUAUCGCCCUCUAGUGGUUACUCCAGCCAGAGCGGCACCCCCACACUUUCUCCAAAGCAGAUCUGCCCCCCCCACUAGAGACAGAUCUGCCCCCCCCCACUGGAGAAGCAGAGGACUAAGCCUCCAAAGCCAGAGAGGACCGGCUCAUCAAAGACGUCACUGGCAGUCUCUGGCUCCUCCUUGGUCGUCGGAUCUCUGUCCUCGGCUGUGGUGUCUGAUCCAACACGGCAGGAAAGCACACACAGCACCACACCUCCUCCUCAGUCGCUCAAAGCCCCUCCUCCUCAGUCGCUCAAAGCCCCUCCUCCUCAGACAGCUCCUCCCCCCUCCUCGUUACACCUCAGGGAUCUCCUCAACAUUCCACCGCCCCCCCAGGUGAAAGCCCCCUCGCCCCCCCCUCCUGAGACAUGGGCACACAACAGACGCACCUUUGACCUCCUGUGUGGUCCGCCUCCAGACCCCAGUAAGCUUCUGCAGCUACAGAUGCCGAGAGGCGUUCACCAGACCCACAGCACAGAGUCCCUCAUGGAGCAGCCUGCAGGCCCCGCCUCUCAUGGUGAUGGCCCCGCUUCUAAUGUAGCUGUCCCCGCCUCUAAGGGUGCUGGCCCCGCCUCUAAUGUGGCUGGCCCCAACUCUAAGGCUGCUGGCCCCGCCUCUAUUGCUGCUGGUCCCGACUCUAAGACUGUUGGUCCCGACUUAAAGGCUGAUGGCCCCGCCUCUAAGGCUGCUGGCCCCGCCUCUAAGGCUGCUGGCCCCGCCUCUAAUGCUGCUGACCACGCCUCUAAUGGUAUUGGUCCCGCCUCUACGGGUGUUGGCCCCGCCUCUAAGGCACCAGCCAGUGGUGAGGAUGGGAAUGUCUCUCAGUUGGAAAACCAGGAAAGUGAAAGUGAGGUGAAAGUCAAGGAAGACCGAGUACCGGUUCAGACACUUGAAAGGACGACUGCAAGUACAUGUGAGCCUCCGGCCGUGAGGAGUACUGGGUCGGGAUCAGAGCGGGAGAGUCAGAGUGCUGGGUCGGGAUCAGAGCGGGAGAGUCAGAGUGCUGAUACUGUUGUCAGGCAUGUGACAGAGCGGGAGCAUCAGGAUGUUCAUCGGAGGGAAGACACUUGUCUGGAGGCGGACAAACAGAACAUCCCUGAGAUGUCAAACAGGGACAAGGGUCGAGGGUCAAAGAGUGAGGUCACAAAGGGUCGAGGGUCAAACAGUGAGGUCACAAAGGGUCCUGCAGUGCCAAAGAAAGAGCCGCCGCCGGUCAUGAAGAAGAGCGUCAGAAUCAAGCAGGGACAGAAACCGGAGAAGGUCCAGCCCAGCACACAGGCACACACCAACAACACCGCCACGGCCGAGGAGGUGUGUAUCUGUCCUUCACCACACACCAACACCGCCACGGCCGAGGUGUGUAUCUGUCCGUCACCAGAGACAACCCCCUCGCUAGCCGAGGAGACAGACGCCACAUCUGAGGCCCAGGCUGUCACUGGGGGUGCUAACGCUAAGGAUGCUAACGCUGAGGGUGCUAACGCUAAGGAUGCUAACGCUGGGGAUGCUAACGCUAAGGAUGCUAACACUGGGGGUGCUAACGCUAAGGAUGCUAACGCUGGGGAUGCUAACGCUAAGGGUGCUAACGCUAAGGGUGCUAAUGCUAAGGAUGCUAACGCUGGGGGUGCUAACGCUAAGGAUGCUAACGCUGGGGAUUCAACCCCGCCGCCCCCUGAGGGGGACCAGGAGCAGCUGCUCCUCAUGGAGUGUGUCUGGCCUCCGCCCCCUCCCCCUCCACCCCUGGAGGACCUGCCAGAGUCGGCCUACGGGGGACAGGAUGAGGCGACUCCGUCACAGCUGGAGCAACCUCACCCCGAGGGUCCGAGGGCGGAGGCCAUUGGAGCAGUCCAGGAAAUGGAGCUGGAAGCACUGGAGGCCUCAGGGGGUGACGCACACACACGCUCACACACACGCACACACACGCACACGCACACACGCUCACACACACACACGCAUGAGACCUCAGCGGGUGACGCGUGUGAAGAGCCGCCCUGUACAGAUCCAGAGUUAGACGAGGAGUCACAACCUGACAAGACAAUCCCAGAAAAGCCAGUUACAACACCUCCUUCCGUACCUAAGGCCACACCUCCUUCCUUACCUGAGGCCACACCUCCUUCCGUACCUGAGGCCACACCUCCUUCUUUACCUGAGGCCACACCUCCUUCCUUCCCUGAGGCCACACCUCCUUCCUUACCUGAGGCCACACCUCCUUCCUUACCUGAGGCCACACCUCCUUCCUUCCUUGAGGCCACACCUCCUUCCUUACCUGAGGCCACACCUCCUUCCUUACCUGAGGCCACACCUCCUUCCUUACCUGAGGCCACACCUCCUUCCUUACCUGAGGCCACACCUCCUUCCUUACCUGAGGCCAAACAACGCCAGCAGAAGAUUAUGUCAACAGUAGAUCAUGCAGUCGAUGAAGCCCGACCAGGUGAGCGUCUCGUCCGACCAGGUGAGCGUCUCACUGAUGUUCAACCAGGUGAGCGUCUCACUGAAGUUCGACCAGGUGAGCGUCUCGUCCGACCAGGUGAGCGUCUCACGGAAGCCCGACCAGGUGAGCGUCUCGCGGAAGUUCGACCAGGUGAGCGUCUCGCUGAAGUUCGACCAGGUGAGCGUCUCACUGAAGUUCGACCAGGUGAGCGUCUCACUGAAGUUCAACCAGGUGAGCGUCUCACUGAAGUUCGACCAGGUGAGCGUCUCACUGAAGUUCGACCAGGUGAGCGUCUCACUGAAGUUCGACCAGGUGAGCGUCUCACUGAAGUUCGACCAGGUGAGCGUCUCGUCCGACCAGGUGAGCGUCUCACUGAAGUUCAACCAGGUGAGCGUCUCACUGAAGUUCGACCAGGUGAGCGUCUCACUGAAGUUCAACCAGGUGAGCGUCUCACUGAAGUUCGACCAGGUGAGCGUCUCACUGAAGUUCGACCAGGUGAGCGUCUCACUGAAGUUCAACCAGGUGAGCGUCUCACUGAAGUUCAACCAGGUGAGCGUCUCGUCCGACCAGGUGAGCGUCUCACUGAAGUUCAACCAGGUGAGCGUCUCACUGAAGUUCAACCAGGUGAGCGUCUCACUGAAGUUCGACCAGGUGAGCGUCUCGUCCGACCAGGUGAGCGUCUCACGGAGCGCUCUGAGGACAUGGACCCCUCCAAAGACCUACGGGCUCAAACAGAACAACCAACCCUGUCAGAGGCCCCGCCCACCCCGUCAGAGGCCCCGCCUGCCCCACAAGAGGCCCCGCCCCCACCACCAUCCACCACUGAGAAUCCUCCUGAACCACAAAGGUCGGGUCAAAGGUCGGGUCCCACGCCCUCCCUGCCCAACAUCCCCCUGGCCACGCCCUCCCUGUUGCAGCUGGUGCGGCGGCGUGGCAACCAGGUGAUCGCCCCGCCCCCUGGUAACAUCGCCCCGCCCCCUGGUAACGCACCCAGCACUGAUAGCACACAGAGCCAAAGCCCGGGCCAAGCCGUACCCCAAAAACCCAUCCGCAAGUCACUGUGUCUGAAAGCAGGCGCCCCCCUGGCGCUGAAGACCCCCCCGGCCCCGGCCUCGACCUCGACCCCCCCCUCCCUGCGCCUGCAGGAGGCCAUCCGCUUGAAGACAGCCGCCAUGAGCUCCAGGGACGGCCUCCACGCCAGACUCUGUUUGCGUUCCUCCAUGGCCUCGCUCCACAGCAGCUGCGACACGCCUGCCAACGCCUCCUCCCUGUCCCCAGCAGGGGGCGACGCACAACACACGUCUCCAGCCUCCGCUGCCAACUUCAUCUUCUCCAAGAGCACAAAGAAGGUCGUCAUGGAAACGCCCUCCUCUGGCCCCCCCGAGAUGCAGUCGGGGCUCAGACAGAGCCUGGCGGCCGGGUCGAGGCAGGUCGUCAUGGAGCAGGUGUCCGAUCAGGCUAAGCCGGUAGUCACCAACGGCACCAGCAAACCGGCGAAGCUGCCGCCGCCUCCCGUCGCCAAAAAGCCGCCGCACGCGACAAACUCCUCCGAGGUCACAGCGGCUAAGCAGGGGAGCCGGGGUGAGACGCAGCCGUCUACGCCAGGAGCGGCAGGGGGCGACGGGGGGCCCAGCGGGGGAGGCAGCAUGGUGCCAACUGCCCGUCAGCGGGCACAGACGGCAGGGGAGCCGAAUGCAGCAGGAGGAGCGGACAGAUCAAACACUGAAGUUUCAUGAAGGACGUGACAGGAGUCAGCGAGGUGGAGCUGUCAAUCAAAGGAGUCAGCGAGGAGGAGCUGUCAAUCACAGGAGUCAGCGAGGAGGAGCUGUCA